CUUUUGUUUUCUGCUUAUGAGAAGCAUAAAAAACUCGUUCGCCUGAGCCGCUUAGUUUGUGGCAUUGGCACGUUUAUCUUGUGCCCUUUUUGACAGAUUUGAUUUGGGUUCACUGCGUUUCCUCCCCGGUGGUUUUUUCUGUUGUUGUUCGUGUCGGUGAAGAUGAUGGUUGCUAGUAGUUUUGAUCUCUGGCAGAAAGAUGCGUUCUUCUCUGCGGCUGAAGAGGUUCAGGAAUCCACAGACAUAAUGGAAUCGGUAUACAGGACUUGGUUAAGGGAGAGAAGAGAAGGGAUGGGACCAGAGGCUUCAGAUGAGCUACGUAGGGAGCUGCAAAUCACUUUAGGCACAGCGAAAUGGCAGUUGGAAGAGUUUGAGAGGGCCGUCAGAUUGAGCUAUGGAAAUCGUUCCGAGCAUAAUACAACAGUCAGGCAUAAACAAUUCAUUGCAGCCAUAGAAGACCAGAUAUCUCGUGUGGAGAAGGCACUAAGGGAAUCCCUGUACGAGGAAGGGAAGCAACCCAUGCGAUGGGUAAACUUGGAUGAAGAAGAACGCGAUGAUUUAGCUUCAUUUCUUUCUAGAACUUCAGGAACCUUGCAAGGUACCAAGGAUGAAAAUGUGGAGCUCAGACCUUCCUCAAACAACUCUCUUCAGGGGAAUGAACAAAGGAGAAAAGUUGCAGACCUCCAUAUCGAUGCUGCCUGCAGAAUAGAUAUGCCAAAUUGUGUAAAGGAUAUUAAAGAGGUUGUGACUUUCAGGCAAGAUGCUAAUUAUGCAGUAGACUUAGAAGCAAAAAAACCUCAUGGAACCAAGGAUGAUUUAAGCUGUCAAAUGGAAAAAUCAAAUGGUCAUAGAAGAACAUGGAGUACACCAAGCUUUGAUGCUUGGAAGAUUGUAAUACCAGAUGAGGAUAAACAGAGAAAACCAUUGGUGGCACUUGAUGAAUCCCCAAUCAAAGGAAAGGGGUUCAAGAAUAGCUUCCGGAAGCAGAAAAAUGGAGAGCAUCUCCGGGCAAGAGGGACUUCAAGUUGCCUUGACUUGAAAGGAAUCAAUUUGCUUUAUCGGGUCUUUGGAUGGUUAGGUGGAUCUCAAAGACAAAUACAAGAUCCACAGCACAUACAGUUUAGCUCUCUCAAACUUACGGUUGUGGCUGUACUAGCUAUUUUCUUGAUUGUCCCUUUGGUAGUCUAUGCAACAUAAAGGAGAUUUAUUCAUGAUCAGGAUUAAAGGUAUCCAUGUAACCUUGGAAAAUCAUUAUCUCAAUGUCGUCCCUUUCUUUCCCCAUUGUAUUUUAUCUCCCAACGAAAAAAACGUAAGAUUGUACCAACAUCACGUGUUCGUUCUUGCAGCUCAGCACAAAGCAUAUCCAAUUGGAUAGUUAAUGCAAAUGAAAUGUUAAGAACU